CUUGAGCAAGUCAUUGGAGAAUCAAUCAACGAGCGCAGGAAGCGCACUGCGGCAGGUUGGCUGAAGUGAGAAACCACGCCAUGCUGGCCAAGGGUCAGACUGUGGGCGUCUGGAGUGCAUCUGCUCAUCAGUGGAUCUCAGAUGGUCUUGUGACAGAGGUUUCAUGGUUGUUGGGAAACAUUUUACAUGUUUGCUUCUUGUGGUUUGGUUGAACUCCAACUACUUAGCUGCCAAGAUUUUAAAAGUGUUGCUCCCCUUCCAACGUCAACCCUCUCGGGCUACGGAACUGAGCUACCUGGCGCCGUACACGUGACUUACAAGGGCCUGACCAAAUGGGUCUUCCCAGAGGUGUGGGUGUCCUUGUUCGGGACCUUCGUUGCGUUUUCGAGGAAAAGCCCACGAAAGAGCCGAAGAAGAUUUGGGGGUGGCCUCAAGAAAAAAAAUGGUCGGUCUCCUCUUCGGGACUUUCCUUCCCUUUUGCCAGGCCAAGUGCGCUCUUGAUUGCCAGGCGUCCCAGCUCCGUCCGGACGCCGAGUCCUAGGCCGCCCUCCUGGAAGGCGCUGAGGUUUCCGUGCGGAGCGCUUCGCAGAAGGCGUGGUACCCUGGCCGGGUGGCGUAGGUGCUGGCAAAGGCGUCGCUGGUUGAGGGGCAGGAGCUCCCUUCCGGCGGGUGCGCGUUUCCUACGAUGCCGGCAAACUGGAGAAGUGGAUCUUGCCCUCAGACAUCCCGAGCCUCUUGCGGCUUCAGAGCACGUUUGCGAAAGCGUAUGAUUUGAUGGACCGUCCCAGCAAAGCGGUGAAGGUGUUGCCCCUCACUUGCCUCAAAACAACGGACGAGCACGGCACAUGCGGGCCAGGCUGCGAUGCCGGCUGCCCCAAUCUCCACGCCAACACCACGCCCUGUGCCCUGCGGGGCUGGUGCGAAGCUGAAGUGCAGUGGUCGGUCAUGCGUACCAAGAACUACCGGCAGAUCUUCACAUCGAGCUCGACGAAGCACGGAUUCGGCAAUCUCGAUGAAUUUACCAAGGCGCCUGUGUGCCCCGAGGAAUUUCGGGCCAAGUGCAAGGGGAGCUUGAAGUUCACCCAUCGCGGGAAAGAUGAAGAGCAAGUGCUGCAAUUGCAAGAGCACGUUUUUGGGUUGAAGGCUCGGAACAACACCAAUUUGAAGUUCAAGCGACUGCCUUUGGAAGAAGUGAGGGUGUUGGCGCGGGCGUUGCCCUGCUACACUCGGCUUUCGCAUGUUGCCUUGCAUCAGAGCGUGCUCUCAGCGGAAGCAACGCAGAGUUUGCUGAAGCCCUUGCCCUCCAGCCUCCUGAAACUGACCCUGGCAAGCGGGAUGGAUUGCGCAGCUCGGCUUCUGGCAGACGCUGUGACCAACCUGAAGUUGAAAGUGCUGAACCUGGAGAACAACAAGAUAGGGGAGGAGGGAGCCAUGGCCAUUGCCUGGUCCUCCAGCUCUUUGGAGAUCGUGGACUUGUGAGGCAAUCCGCCGUGGACGGCUCCUGUCGAUCUGUUUGUGCGGGCCUGGGAGAAGAAUGCCUGCGGGUGCUGCGCUUGCCGCCGGCUGGCCGAACCUUCAGAAGCUCAUUGAGACUUCCAGCGACCAGACGCACCUGGUACGGAUCGGCGAAGGCGAGGACCGCGACAUCGCGAUGCCUGACUACUCCCAUCUGGCGGUCUUCUUCCGACGAGCCGGGAGAUUCCGCGCGUGGAACCGAACCCGCUGGGAUAGUCGAGGGAGUCUUCGGAUGAGGAGCCGGAUGACAUGCAGCCGAUCGCCUGACUAAGUUAGCUUUGGCUCCAUCCCAAUUUUCCACAAGUGUUUAUCGUCUCAUAGUUUGAACGCUUCGGGUCAGAGGUGAACUUGAGACAAGCUCCUGACCUGCUUUUUCACAAUUCUGCCAGCCAAUGCUGGGUUUACCUUUUCACAUGGCCAACCCACAGG